GGAGAAUUACUUAUUGAAUUGACAGUUUUGAUGCUUCAUAUAAUAGGUCUGAAAAUCCCUGACAGGCUUUUAUGUGUCAACAGAGUUUGUUUAGGAAAUGGGAAGGGACCUGGGCACCGUGCAUCACUACUUGUCUUUAUUUUCCGGCAAAAAAAAAUUCCCUUUUUGAGCCAUCAGCAGUUUGCAUGCCUGCAAUUAAAAAGGGAAUGCAUAUAAUGGGUCAUUUUUCAGUAUUUUGAUUUUGGGCAAAAUGAUUAUCAAUAUGCUUAUAUAUUUUUAAACAUAUCCAACACCAACACUGUUCAGAGUCGAAAUUGCAACACUACAGUGUCCAAUUAAAUUAGUCAAUUUAAUAUUAACUCAUUAACCAAUCUAUUUACCAACUCUGGCUUUGAAAGCUACCUUUGACCUUUGACCUCGACUUUGAUUUUUCUUUGACUUCUAGUAAAACACAAGGUAUCAGCUUUAGGUUUGGCAUUUUAUCCCUUACCCUCAAAACAACACAUCUGCUGCGGAGAUGGUGCAGAGGGUGGCUGUGGUUGGAGCGGGUCCCUCUGGGCUGACCAGCAUAAAGGCCUGUCUGGACGAGGGUCUGGAUCCCACCUGCUUUGAGAGCAGCAAUGACAUCGGCGGCCUGUGGAGAUUUAAGGAACAGCCAGAGCCUGGCAGAGCCAACAUCUACCACUCUGUGGUGCUCAACAGCUCCAAAGAGAUGAUGUCAUUCAGCGACUUCCCCAGCCCUGCAGACUUCCCCAACAACAUGCACCAUUCUGAGGUGCUUUUGUACCUGCGGCUCUACACCCAGGCCUUCAAGCUGCUGCCACAUAUACACUUCCAGAAAACAGUGGUGAGUGUGAGGCAAAGGCCAGACUUUCCUGUGACAGGCCAGUGGGAGAUAGAAACAGAGGAGAAACCAGGGCAGAGGGAGACACAUGUCUUCGAUGCUGUGAUUGUCGGCUCUGGGCAUUUCACAAAUCCUCAUCUACCACUACACGACUUCCCAGGCAUUGAGAGAUUUGAUGGGAAAUACUUCCACAGUUGGGAAUAUCGCAAUGCUGACAGUCUGCAAGGGAAAAGAGUGGUAGUGAUUGGGAUUGGAAAUUCUGGCGGCGAUAUUGCAGUCGACAUAAGUAGAGUUGCAGAAAAGGUGUAUCUCAGCUCCAGAAGUGGGGCGUGGCUGGUCGGCCGUGUGGCGGAAGGGGGGCUCCCUUGUGACCUGGUGGGCACUUCGCGCUUUGACCUAGCGCUAGCGGGCUUACUGCCUACAUGGAGCGCUAAGGCGUUUGAGACCAAGCUGAACCGGGCGUUUAACCACAGCCUCUAUGGCCUCCAGCCUCAACACAGGUUUUUUGCGCAGAUCCCGCUAGUGAAUGAUGAGCUCCCAGGUCGGAUCAUCUCAGGUCGGGUUCAGAUGAGGCCAAACGUGAAGGAGUUCUGUGAUUCCAGAGUGGUCUUUGUGGAUGGAAGCAUUAUAGACAAGGUGGAUGUGGUGGUGUUCGCCACGGGUUACCACUACAGCUUCCCCUUCCUGCCCCGAGACCUGCAGGCUAAGAGCGGCCACAGACUGCGACUCUACCGCCACGUAUUCCCUCCUGGGAUGUCCCGACCAACGCUGGCCGUGGUGGGCUUCAUCCACGCUCUAGGAGCCAUCAACCCCCUGGCUGAGAUGCAGGCUCGCUGGGUCACACGUGUAUUUAAAGAUCUGAUAGCACUUCCAACACAGGACGCAAUGCUGCAAAGCAUUGAGAAGGACACAGCCACCAUGCAUCAGAGUUUUGCCAUCUCUGAGCGUAAUCCCCUUCAGGUUGUCUAUCUACCUUAUAUGGACUCUCUGGCAGAGCAGAUCGGGGUACGACCGAAUAUCCUCUGGCUCCUGCUUAAGGACGUCCGUCUGGGGCUGCAAGUGCUCCUGGGCCCUUGUACACCGUAUCAGUUUCGUCUGAGUGGGCCGGGACAAUGGGUCGGGGCCCGUGAAACCAUCCUCACCCAGUGGGAGCGGGUGGCCCAGCCUUUCAAGACCAGAGUGUCACCAGUACCCGAGCCUAGUCCGGAUCACAAUAUGAGGCUGAUGAUGGCUUUAUCGGGUGUAGCCGCCCUGUUCUGCUUCUGUCUCCACGCAAAAUCCUUCUUCUGUUCUGUGCCCCCUCCACUCCUCGCGUGGAGGGCUCUUUAAGUGUCUCAUUGGUGUUGAAUGGGAUGGUUGGUUUGCUGGCUCUCUGUCUUUUGCCUGUUUUAAUAACAUGGGAACAUCACAUAUAUUUUGGAUGUUUAAGGUAACACUUCUGGCAAGCGUUUCAUGUAGAUAGAUACACCGCCUCCUCCUUCUGAAUAUCUUAGCAUGUCUUUGAGAAAAGCAGUGUCAUUGUUGACUUGGUCUGAUGUAGACGAAACGUGAAGCUUGGCAUCAUAAGAUUAAAAAAUAAUUUAGUUUAUCUUUAAACCUGAGGACACCAGCACUAUUGCAGUUCAAUAUGUUAAACUAUAAUCUUUGCAGUUGUUGAUGGAAGAGUGAGGCUGCAAAUGAUUUUCCUUCCCUUGCCUUAGAACAUUUAUCUAUGUGGGGAAUACAAACUGGCUUUAUUGAACAAUCUUGGAGAAUCACAUUUUAGUUACAUUUUGACAUGAUACAAUUUGGAAUGAUCUGUUUAAAAUUGUUUAUCCAAGUUUUAAUGUAUUUAUUGAUGUUUGGGAUACCUUCCUUAAACCUGGUCAUUUUAAACCAUUGUUAAAAGAAAGUAAUAUAUUAGGUACUACAAUCCAUGUUUUGGAUACAAUGCAGUGAUUUUUGGUCUUGUUGGCUUGGUUUAAUAAAUAAAAUUCAUGAGAUCUUAAAUACAAUAAAUUUAUUCUACCAGAUCUGCCUUAUAGCAUUUAUACCUGACUUGCAGUGGUUGACCAUGCCUUAUUCAUACUACAUAAGCAAUUGGCAGAUUUAUUUUAGUUUCAUAAAUGUGUUAUCUUAUUCCGACCAUGUAUUCAUAAUUUAUCCUCCAUCCUGUGGUAUAUUUGUGUACGUUGAUUUGUUUGUAGUAGUAGUUUGUUGAUAGAAACUGUUUAUUAAGUGAGUGAAGUUCUCAACUUCUAUUACGAUUUAAAUCAAUUGGCAAGGAAGUGUUAGGGGCCUCAGUUCAA